AUGAAGCUUUUGGAUAUUUCGGGUCUCGUCACGGAAGUUGAAAUCGGAGUAUGGCAAGCGAAUUGUGAUACAGUAACUAGUCAAAUUCGAAUGAGGGAGGAGUAUUCGGUUGAUCGAAUUUUGGAAGGCGAUGAGUUCUGUGAAAUGCUUGAAAGUGUAGCUGAAAGAAUCAUUCGAAAAUCUGACAUUUUUCGAUCAUCCGCAGUUAGCGCGCAUUGUGAAGAUUCGUUGAAAAAUCUGAUUGCAGCUUUCAAGAAUAUCUUGGAGAAAAUUAUGGAAGCUAAGAUUGACACAACAAUCAAUGUGGGUCCAAUGUUCUGGUUUAAUUCGAUUACAUCAUUCAUCGAUUUCGAUGAAAAUUUCGCCCAACAAUUAUUGAAAUAUGCGAUUUCUCAAGGGCUCCUUGAGAACAUAUUCAUAUUAGACUAUUUCAAAGAGAAGGAGAUGGAAUUGGAGGAAAUGAUUGAAAUGUGUAAGGACUUCAAAGACAUCUUCAACAAUUCCAAUUCGGAUGAGGAAAAACGAGACGCCGCUGGCGAUAUUGUCGAGUUUCUCAUUUGCGUUGGGUCAAUUUUCAGCGAUAUCGAAUUAAUCGCGAAAUUCUUCAAAAAACAUUCGAUCAAAAUGAAUUUAAAUUUCAUACAACGAUGUCCAACACUUUUUAUGAAAAUUUUGGAACAUUUCGAAUACGUGACUUUAUUUGAAAUCUCGUAUUCAUUGAAUGGCUUCCCAUUAAGAAAAGUCUUCCAAGCUCGCUCAUUCGCCGUUCAAAGCCUCUGCCGCUGCUUUUCGGAGCACUCGACAAAAUUGGAAGAUUUGCCAAAACUCUUCAUUUCCCACUGUCUCGAUUUGAAAUGCGGCGUUGAAUCGAAAUUGCCGUCGAAAUUGAUUGAGGAAUCUCGAAGAGUCGGACAAGACCACACAAUAGGACGAUUGAAGGAUUGUGGAUAUUUUAAGAUGCUCGGCAAUCCGAAAAAUGAAAUGGUGUCGCUGCAGAUCAAAGGAAUCUGCGAAAUAUUUCCGCAAUACUCGAAGGAGAUGGUUCAUCUCGUUCUACGCCACUACUCAUACAACUUUGAUGAAGCUCUAGCUUCCUUAUUCUCCAUUGAUAAGCUUCCUUUAGAGCUCACUCGUUUGAAAGAUUUGGAUUUGGCUAAAUAUGCGGACGAUGAUGCUCUCGCAACUUUGCCUGUUUUGGACUUUACCGCUGCUGAUGAGAUUGAAAAAGCCUACAUCGAAGAGAAGAAGGCUGACGUCGAAAAACGGCAGCAAUUAGCGCAAUCGUCUUCGAAGGUUUCAUUGUUUUCGUUGGCUAUAGGUUCGACAGCAAGCUCUCAACCGCCUAAAGAAGCCGUUGAUGAGAAGACUGAGAUUCGAAAGAAGGCUGACGAAUAUAAGAAAAAAGUCAUGGCGACAUUGGAGGCGAUGAGAACGAAGAGCGUUGAAACCGAAGAGAUCAAAUUAGUGCCGAUGGACACGUCCAAGAAAUUCUCGGCAUUGAACUCGUUGAAGCUCACCGAAGCCGAUAAGGUGGCGAUUCGACCAUCAUAUGACAAGUAUAAAUAUGAAACACCAAACGACGACGGAAUGUAUGAUGACGAAUACGACGAUGAGAAUGAGAUACGCGAGUUCAAUGUGGAACGAUUAAACGAAGAAAUUGAGACUUCCGACGACGAUGAUGUAACCGGCGGCUCGAAAGACGAAGUUCCGCAACACCAGCCGCAAGCUUCUGCUCCGACUCGUGGAAGAGGUGGGGGUGGCGGUUAUCGUGGAAGAGGUCGUGGUCGAGGAGCACCGCCAGCUGAAGGAGCGCCUCGCAACAAUUCCUCGUACACCGGUGGACGCGAGCGUCAGCAGAAGGAGCGCCAUAAGUCGGACCAUAAACAAAGGGGGGCAGAUAGGAAGCAACGAGGGCACUUUUAA